GGCAAGGCGUCUGCUAACUAAACUUUGGGUUAUCAAUGUUGUUAUUGUAUGUUGUAUGUUGUAUGUAAUGUAAGAGUAAUAUAACAGUGCACCAGCGAAAUGUAUGUGCAGUUACAGUGCAGGUACUCACUAACACAACAUCUAAUAGGCUUUGUUGGAAGAGAGCCUUCAAUUUAAUCUCAAAAUACAUUGUAGACGGGAUAACAACCCCCGGGGGGUUAACCACUCGCUUCAUCCCUGUUGCUUUGUUAUUAUCACGUGUAUAAACUUCUUGUUUUAAAAAAGAGCUUUGAGAAGAAACAGGUAAAUUAUUACUUAUUACAAAGAAAAUGAAGCAUCCAGAGAGCAAUGACCGGGAAUUGCUUGCCGACACAAAACAAUCUAAUGAUUUAUCCAACGAAACUGAAACUACGCAACUUUCUGGGGAUAAAAUUAGCGGUAAAAAUUACAUCAACUCAGAUGAACAAGACAGAGUCAUCAAGGAGUUUUUUAAGCAACUAAACGUUAAUUUGCCCGCUGAUUGGGAAGAGAUACGAGAUGAAGAAAGAAGAAAAUUGAUAUGCAAGUGGACAAGUGAGGGUUUUCCUAAUAUUCCCAAGUCUUUGCUGAGUAUCACGACAGGCUGGAUGGUCCAUGGGGACUGUGGCAGACCCGCGGACCAAGUUCCUGAUUGGUUAGACCGCGAGAAAUUCAAAAGAGGACAGAAAUUUGCGAGGGAUAAUAUGUUUGGGAUUUACUUCUCGCAAUUGCUUACUUUGUUCGGGCUUUUUUCUUUUGAGGAUGGACUCAAGCCUAUGAUUGUCACUGGAAAGUCCUCGGAACCUUACACUGCGUUUAAAAGGUAUCUAUCGACUGGAGCGCGAGUAAGAAAUUGGUUUACCAGCGAUCCAUGGACCAAGGGCACGCCAGCAUACAAUGACAUUCAAACAGUGAGGAGAAUGCACACAAUAGUGCGCAAUAAAUUGAGCUCGAUAUCCAAUGAAGAAAUAGACAAAGCGGGAAAAAUAGAGAACCCAUGGUCACCAACACGGAACAUUUUGCUCCAAGAUUUCCGAGCUGAGUGUCCGGUGGCGAAGUCGGGACAGUGUCCUUUCUCGGCAGGAACUGUAAGAGCUGUGAGACCCAAAGGAUUGCACCAAGGUGAGAUGGCGGUAACUCAAGGUGGAUUUGUUUGCUUAGCCGUUGUUUAUCCUGAGGCUUUCGGGCUCCACGGAGCCACUGAUCAAGAUCUGGACGAUUUCUGCCAUGUUUGGAGAGGGAUCGGGUAUCUACUCGGGAUCGAGGACGAAUUCAACUACUGCGGCGGAACGCUGGAAGAAAUAAAACGACUUUCAGCAGAUUAUUUAAACCAAUGGGUGAAACCUAAUUUGCGUGACAUAACUCCCGAGUGGGAGCACAUGAUGAGAUGUAUUACCGUUGGUAUGCAAUAUUAUUUUCCUGGUAGCUCUUACGAAGUAAGUCUACUCUAUCUUACGAAGCUGCUGAAUCUCGACAUGCCGCUAUUACGCUCGUCACUCAGCUACCGUGAUCGCUUUAAAUUCAAUAUUACCAAAUUUAUAAUGUACUACACCACUCGCUCACCUCGAGUUAAAGAAUUCCUCAACUCACGUCUCAACAAGUCCAUAGAUCGCGCGUUGAAGUUCACCGAGGAAAAACACUCCGAGCUCCGUAAAAAGUCUUCGAAAACUCUUUCUGUAAUUCAAAAGAAUAAUAAUAACAACAUUAAUAAUAUUAAUAAUAAAAAAGAUGAAAAAUAUUUAGAUGUUAGUGUUUUUUCUCAGUAUAAAAUAAUUGGACUGGUGAUGUUAUGCGUGCAAUGCUUAAUUAUGUGGAAAGUUAAAUUUUUUUCUGAAAUUUUUUAAAUUUAAGUUUGCGAAAAAUUGGCUGUGAAUUAAAGUAUUUUUUUACAUAAGAAGUGCCAUCACAAAUGUGUAUAUAAUAAAUUUCUUUUUUGUUUUCUUAAUGUAUUUCUGCACAUUAAAUAAAUAUAAGUGACGUUUCAUGCUUUUGUUUGAUCGAUAUCACAACAAACUUUAAAUUUUAGUGUUGACGUUUUGGCUUUUAGUAGAGGGAACUAAUUUAAUUAUAUCAUUCUAUUGUAAAAAAAUUUAAGUAUGAAUCAAAAAAAGGCUACUGUUAAAGAAUCAUUCAGUUACGUUCAAUUGAAGAAGAAAAAAUCUGUUGGAGU